GCAGAUUAAUCGUAGAUGGAGUAGUUGUUUUGGGCCGUCGAUGAUCAAGGCCCGUUAACAAAGGAAGCUUACAAAACCCUAAAAGCCAGUGUGUUAUACCUCUCUUCUCUGCGCUAAGAACUCCGCAGCCGCUUCGAACAUCUUAAGAAAAGAGAGAUGAGUGGAGAAGGAGUCAAGGGAGGCCCGGUGGUUCCGGAGUCCGUGUUGAAGAAGAGGAAGAGGAACGAAGAAUGGGCUUUGGCUGAGAAACAAGGUCUAGAGGCUGCGAAGAAGAAGAAUGCCGAGAACAGGAAACUGAUCUACAACAGGGCUAAACUCUAUGCCAAAGAGUACGAUGAGCAACAAAAGGAAUUGAUUCGCUUGAAGCGUGAGGCUAAACUUAAGGGCGGAUUUUAUGUCGACCCUGAAGCCAAACUUCUGUUUAUUAUCAGGAUCCGAGGUAUCAAUGCCAUUGACCCAAAGACCAAGAAGAUUCUGCAGCUUCUGCGUUUGAGACAGAUUUUCAAUGGUGUCUUUUUGAAAGUGAACAAGGCAACAUUGAAUAUGUUGCACAGGGUGGAGCCUUAUGUUACAUAUGGCUAUCCUAACUUGAAGAGUGUUAAAGAACUCAUUUACAAGAGAGGCUUUGGAAAACUCAACAAGCGAAGAACUGCUUUGACUGAUAACUCUAUCAUCGAGCAGGCCCUUGGGAAGUUUGGAAUUAUUUGCGCUGAAGAUCUCAUCCAUGAGAUUAUGACAGUGGGACCCCAUUUUAAGGAGGCAAACAAUUUCCUCUGGCCCUUCAAGCUGAAAGCUCCUUUGGGUGGUUUGAAGAAGAAGAGAAAUCACUAUGUCGAAGGAGGUGAUGCUGGAAACCGUGAAAACUACAUCAAUGAGCUAAUCAGAAGGAUGAAUUAAGAUCUUUUUUGUGUUGUUUCUCGAAGUAUUCUGCUGGGUGCUGAAAAAUUUCUCCUAAUAGGUUUGUCAUUUGAAGUAUGGUUUUUUGGAAUCAGAAUGUUUUGCUAUUUUCGUCAUUAGUGUACUUCUAUCCUCGGAAUUUUUAUCUUUGAGAAUGGUUUAAUUUUUGCUUAUAUUAAUUAGAGAAUCUUCUAAAAUUUUGAUCUUGCCUUUCA